AUGGCCGAGCCAGCACCUCAGGUUAUGCCACAUGGUGCUUUAUCUCCUCCCGAUACCUCCACAACUCACGGAACUGUAACCAGAGGAACUCCUGCAGUUGUAGUUGCAGUUGCCAAUGUUCCAAAGGCGAAGGAGGUGAAGGAGGUGAAGGAAGCAGAAGACGCCAAAGAACAGCAAAUGAAGGAGGAUGCUACGAAAGAUGCCGCCACACCCGUCGCUCUGCCUCCAGAACCUGUUACUGGAGUUACCAGAACCUUUACAACACACGCUGGGGAGACUGUCACCGUUGCGGAGCUUCCAACCUCCGCAAAGCAUGAAGAUAUGCCUGCAACUGUUCCCGAUGCUGGUCACACCAACAUCGAGUUUGAAGACAGUUCCGUAAAGGUCAACCCAAUCGUGGAAUCCACCAAGCCAGCCACUCUUCCGUCUGAGUCUGUCACCCCUGUGGCGAAGAAAGGAGAUGUAGUUCAGCCUACUCAGGCGGCUGACAAUCCCUUCUUAAAGAGACAGCACGUUCCCGAGCCUCCAAAACGAGUAGACUGGGUCAAGAUGGCUGAAAACCGAGCAGCGCAAAGGAAACGAAGCCUCAAUGUUGCUGAGCAAACUCAACUGCGAGAUCGUGGUCUCCCACAAGGCCCUCUCCACAGCGUCGAAGAGAUUGACACGUCAGAGAGCUCCAUGCAACUGGACGCGAUGGAAUACGCCGUAGGGAUCUUUCCGCAAUACUUCGCCAGCGAAGAAACGACUCUCGAUGUGCAAGUCAUAUUCCGCAACGAAGGCCUCACCAGCAUCAGCAGCCAUGCAUUCGCAGACAAGAUGGGAACUCACAUUUUCACUCUGGAUCGUAGGCCAGGCUUACUAGGAGACAGAGAGCUCCGCGACAGGUCCAACAUGUUCCUUUUCGGUAUACACAAGCGAAGAUUUCGCCGGCCAAGGCAGUGGUACAUCAAGACCGGCUCAGAACAUGGAAUCCGAGUUAGGUCGAGCUGGAAACGCCGCAACAAAAAUAUCACCCUCGCCUUCACGAAUCAGCCGGACGGACAGGACAUGAAAAUGCUGCUGAAGGGCAAUGAGCUGCACCUUGACUCUACUGCGGUGUCCCCGGUCGUGGCUAUCAUCGAUCCGAAUCUGCUGAGAGUGGCAAAGGGAUUGGAUCUGACGAUUGCUUGUGUUGCAUCCGCUGUACGUAGUGAAUCGUAUGCGCCGAGACCUGGUGGAUCUUUGAAGUCGACGAAGAGUUCAUUGUUGAGUCGCUGGGAAAAGUAG